AUGGGCACGUUCAGCCGCCAGAAGUUCUUCCAGGAGCUCAUUCAUGGCUGCCUGCUGCCAACAGCCCAGCAGGGCCUCGAGCAGGUGUGGCAGCUGCUGUUGAUCUGCCUGCUGUGUCGCCUUCUCUGGAUGUUGAGCUUUCCCUCCGUUUUGAAGCAUCUGGCCACAGUGGCAGGAGGAUUCUAUGUUCUCUACCUGUUCUUCGAGCUUCACAUGAUCUGGGUGGUCCUCCUGAGCCUCCUCUGCUACCUCUUCCUCUUCCUGUGUCGCCAUUCGACCAUGCGAGGCACCUUUCUCUCUAUCACUGUGCUUAUCUAUCUGAUGCUGGGAGAACUUCACAUGAUGGAUACCACCAACUGGCACAAGAUGAGAGGUUCACAGAUGGUGGUGGCCAUGAAAGCCGUCUCGCUGGCCUUCGAUCUGGACAGAGGCGUCCUGACCGGGGUACCUUCUCCCAUCGAAUUCAUGGGUUACAUUUACUAUGUGGGAACAGUUAUCUUCGGGCCGUGGAUCAGCUUCAAUAGCUACAAAGAGGCUUUAGAAGGACGGAAGAUGAGCCUUUCAUGGUUGUUCAAAGUGUCUUUAAGCUGGGUGAAAAGUCAGAUCUGCUUGGUUCUCUCCAACUGCGUGGCACCCUACCUCUUCCCCUAUUUCAUUCCUAUCUACGGAGACAAGCUGCUAAGGAGUAAAAAGAGAAGAAAAACAAGAGGUUCACUGGCUAAGUGGUUGUUGGCUUACGAGAACACGCUGUCUUUCCAUUUCAGCAACUAUUUUGUUGCUUUUUUGAGCGAGACCACAGCCACUCUGGCCGGAGCCGGCUUCACCGAGGAGAAAGAAAACCUCAAAUGGGAUCUGACGGUGUCAAAGCCGCUGAAUAUCGAGUUUCCUCGCUCGAUGGUGGAGGUGGUCACAUCAUGGAAUCUGCCCAUGUCACGUUUUCUUCACACCUACGUAUUUCAAAGUGCUCUCAAAUUUGGGACUUUCUCUGCCGUCAUGGUGACAUACGCAGCCAGUGCCCUUCUGCACGGGUUGAGUUUCCAUUUAGGUGCCGUGCUCCUGUCCCUGGGCUUCAUCACCUACACUGAGCACGUGCUGCGAAAGAGACUGGCGGCCAUUUUCAAUGGCUGUGUUCUGUCCAAGAAAUGUCAGCCGAACUGCACCCACCAGAACAAAAAGGUAUUUUGGGUAUACAUGAUCAACAUAGCAUUCAGCGCUCUGGCAAUAGUCCAUUUGACGUAUCUGGGUUCAGUGUUCAAUUCCAGUGUGGACUACAUGGAAGAAGAUGAGGAUGACAUAAGCCAUCACACCAUUCAGAAGUGGUCAGAGCUGAGCUGGACAAGCCACUGGAUCACAUUUGGAUGCUGGAUAUUGUACCGCCUCGUUCUCUAGAUUGGAGAACGGGCAAAAGAAGCAGCAACAAUGAGCGUUCUCUUCCCUGUGACUGUCAAAGAAGCAAUCGAUCGCCAGGUUGGCACCAUUUGGUGUUUGCUUCAUGUGUCAUCCCAGCCUGCUGAGGAAUCCUUUUGAUAUCCUCACCACUCUCCUUUCUCUUUUUCUAUGGACGCCAUCUUGUUUCUUUCCGAGUGCUCAUGUUGUGACAGCAGUUACUGAUGUCUCCCUGCGAGUCACAAUCAAUAGCGAUCACCGUGGCGGGGAUCGGCUUGUUCUCUCUGGGGGUUGACUUGUUAUCUCUGCGCCAGAUGAGCUUUCCGAUCACCUCUAGUGAUUCAUAAUCAUACUUUGUAUUUUCCCUGAUGAUGAUCAACAGAUAUUAUACAAUGUCCUUUUGUUCAGCGGUUCCCAUUUAAAGAACAGUGAGCAUCUAUGGGAAAAAACAUUUCUAAACCAACAUCACUCUUUCAAAUGAGCAUGUGUCAGAUGGUGAAUUUUCAUAAAGAUUAAUAUAGCACAAAUAAUAUUCAAACAUUCAUUUCAUUUGUCACGUAUUACUCAUUAGUUAUAGGUGGUUGCCCUAAGCCCAAGAUGAUUGUAGAGGGGGAGUUUGAAGUCACAAAAAAAUACAACACUUUUUGUCAAAUUUGUUAAAAGAGUCAAAUGAUCUGUAAAAAAGUGAACAACAGCGUUCUCUGGCCUCUAAUUUAGAUUUGCAGUUAACCAGCACACCAGAGGAAAAACAACCAAUAAGAGACAGGUGUGAUUUAUGAGCUGUCAAUCAUCUGUCAUAAACUUCUGGGCUCUGUCUCUACCUUAGUUGUGAUGAAGUGUUACUAAAUAAAACACUAUACUUUAUUAGUUGCAAGAUUCAUUUUGUGCAAGACUGCUGAGGUGUGCCCAUCAGUAUCGUGUUGCUGCCAAGUUAAAACCACACUUUUCUUAAAACUCCCACUUCAUGUUAAUUAUGUACAGCAAAAGUGACUAAACAGUAAUAUUUGGCAACGAUCGUGACGCUUGGCAACCAAUGGAUAAUCAUUUUUACUAUUUAUGUCUGUUGUUUUCUUUUGGAAUUUUUAGAAUUCGAAUGUCAACCAGCAAAUGCAUUUUGAGGGGUAAAAGUCAUUUUAUUUUGCAAUUACUAUUCACGUUUGGAAUCAGGAUAGUGUUUAAUUUAUUCCUCUCAAUAUUAAUUUUGACACAGGCUUUUGUAGAGAUGAUUAAACCGUUUGUCUUGUGUAUUUCUCCUCAACCACAGAUUCCGAUGACUUUAUGUGAUUACCUGAAAAUGUCUGACUGCUAAUACAUAUUCUCGGUGUAGUUGUGACAUUCAAGGAUUAAAUUGUAAGUGCAAGCACGUAAGUGUUACAUAUAUUAGAGAGUGAGGGCUCUAUUUGCCCAAGUCUUGCACAGCGUAUGGCAAAAGUCUAUGUGAAUGAACCCCACUGCAGAAAAUUGAGCAUUCACUGCUCACUUCAGCAGCCGAUUUCAAUGAGUAUAUUUUUUCCCCUGUGAAUGUGAA